UGCUUAAGUUUCCUAAACUACCUCUCACAGUUAUGAACCCUACCCUAAACUUUACUAAGAAAAGAACCUAUUCAUUUGUGAGUUGACUUUCCACCCCCCAUUACUCUCAUGGCUAAGGACCCUCCCUACCUAAAGUGUUAAUAACUAAAAUUGGAAUCCAUACACUUGUGAAUCCAUUUCCUUUUCUUUAUGUCUCACAACCCCUCGAGAUCAUGACUGUCCCUGAAAAUUCUUUCCUUUAUUACAGUUCCUGAAGAAGAGUUGGUCUUACUCACUCAAGGUACUAUCUCUAUAUGUACCAUUGAUUUCAAUUUCUCUCUUUCUAUCAAAUUGCUUCCACAAUCAUUCCCUUUUUUAUUUUUAAUUUUCUGAUCUACUGGCCCCUUUUGUGCUGCCUUUCCCAUCCAUAAAAAUCCCUUACUUGACCUUAUAAUUACCAAUAAUUUUCUGUUAAUUCUUUGCAUCUUUGAUUCCAAAGAUUAUUCAGCUGAAACCUCUCUGACUCUGUCUUAGCAAAACAAAUUCCUACAUUAUCCAUGUUAAAACAUUUAUGUCAUUCUGCAGCUUAAAUAUCUUAAUGACUUAUGAAUGGGAGGCAUAUUUCAAAUGCAGACUUAAUAGUUGACAUUUAAUGAAUUCAUGUUGAUUGGCAUGUCUGAGGCCUUUUUAACCUUUGGAGUAUGUGCCUGGAGAUGGGAUCUCUGUGUCACAGGGUAUAGAUAUUUUAGUUGCUUUUUUGGUACAGUUGUAAACUAUUCUAGAAUGACUAGGCUUUGGAAAAGUUUUGAGCACGGAAAUGAUAUGGUCAGACCUGAGAUUUAGAAAGAUUAUGUUAGUAGAUUUUGGAGGAUUGAUUGGAGAAGGGAGAGACUAGACCCUGGUAGGUCAAUUUGGACAUUUUUACAACCAUCGAGGUAAGAGGGGAUGAGGGCAUGAAUCAAGAUCAUGACUGUGUGAAUAGAGAGAAGGAGAAGGAUGUAAAGUGGCAGAAUUGACAAGACCAGGGAAGUGAUUGGAUAUAAAAGAGAGAGAGAGAGAAGAAAGAAUCAGACUCCAAGAUUAUGAACCUGGAUGCCUAGAAGGAUGAAGGUGAUCUCAAUCUGAACAAGAAAUUCUGAAGAAGGGAGACGGUGAAGAAGUUCUUUUUAUAAUCUAACCAUAAAAUGUUUUAUUUCAGCUUGUGCCAGUUUCCUCUUGCUUUGUACAUUGGGGAUCUGGAGAGCAGAUCAUCCUCAUCUUAUAGUUCUGCAGAGGUAAGUCAACCCCUGGUCUCAAAGCCACAGCUUCCAGGCAAAACCAUAUCAGUGUCAUCAUCCCAGACAUUGAGUUCUCUCUUUUUAACAAUUUUAAACAAUAUCCAUGGAAUGAAACCUUAUUCUUUCUCAGUUCCCCAUCUUUGUAUCUCUUAGUUUUUGCUGCCAAUAAGUACUUCUUUGCUUUUGACUUCAUCUUCUCCUGCAAUUAUUUGUUUUCUCUAAAAAAGAUUGUGGCAAACAGUUGUAUGGACAGAAUGGCAUCUAUUCAUAAAUGGGGAAGUCAUAAUGUAGUUCCUCCCCCUCUUCCCUCCCAUCUUCAAACUAUCAAAUAUACACCUAGUAUGACAAGUCUGGGAAACUCCAGCUGGGGAUUAUCUACUUUUUCCUUCUUUCUGGUGGGUAUACCAGGGCUAGAAGAGAGUCAGCACUGGAUUGCACUUCCUCUGGGGAGCCUGUAUCUUCUUGCCCUUGUGGGCAAUGUCACCAUUCUCUUCAUCAUUUGGUCUGACACAUCACUCCAUCAACCAAUGUACCUGUUCCUGGCCAUGCUGGCCACCAUUGAUCUCAUUCUUGCCUCAGCCACAGCACCCAAGACCCUGGCUGUGCUUGUGGCCCACUCCUGUGAAAUAUGGUACCCUACUUGCCUCACCCAGAUGUUUUUUAUCCAUGCAUUCUCUUCUAUGGAGUCAGGUGUGCUGGUGGCCAUGGCUCUGGAUCGCUAUGUGGCUAUCUGCCACCCACUGCACCACACCACCAUUCUCACUAUAGGAGUCAUUGGGCGUAUUGGAUUGGUGGUGCUGGUACGGGGGCUGCUUCUCCUCACACCCUUCCCCAUUUUGCUGCACCGCCUUAUUUUCUGCCAGAGUGUGGUCAUCAGCCAUGCCUAUUGUGAGCAUAUGGCUGUGGUGAAGCUGGCCUGCUCAGAUGCCACUGUGAAUCGUGCCUAUGGGCUAGUGGUGGCAUUGCUGGUAGUGGGAUUUGAUGUGUUUGCCAUUGGCAUAUCUUAUUCCCUCAUUCUCUCUGCUGUCCUGAGAGUGCCUGGGCGUGAUGCCCGUCUCAAAGCAUUUGGAACGUGUGGUUCACAUAUCUGUGUCAUCCUAGUUUUCUAUGUUCCUGGCAUGUUUUCUUUCCUUACUCAUCGCUUUGGUCACAAUGUGCCCCACCAUGUACAUGUCCUUCUGGCCACUCUUUACCUCCUGGUGCCACCAGCACUCAACCCCAUUGUCUAUGGGGUAAAAACACAACAGAUCCGACAGCGUGUGCUCAGGGUUUUCUACAUCAACGUGCGCACUUGAUAGCCAUCUUCUUCCAUCUAUCUAAUCAGUCUCCUGUCUGAUAUGAUCUAGAAUGUCACUUGGAUGGUGAUGGAGUAUGCUUCCUAAGGAAGCUUGCCCUUAUGGAUCUUUCCUGGUGGAGAAAGAGCAGUGGUAAUCUGAUUUCUAAAAUGAAUACCUUUGAGGUCUGGUUUCAUAGGAGUGGACCAUAUGGUUCAAGGUGGGAGCAUGACACCAUGUAGAAGGGAAAUGGAGUUGAGAGCAGCUGAUAUUGAUGGGAACUCUGGUGAACUUCAAUUGAAGCAAGCAGCACACUUGCCAUAGAAGCCAACACUUCAGGCCUUUUGACUGUUUUUCAUCAACUGACAAUUUCACAAGUUUAAACCUAGUGGCAUGGAGACCUGAAGCAUGAGCCUUGAAUCAUUGGAGACAAUAAAUUCUUAAAGGAGCAUGUUCCCUUUCCUCAGCAGCUGAGAAGGUCCCCUUCCCAUGUAUAUUUUCCUUAGAAUAUGAUCAAUUUUUGUAAGGUAUUGUUGAUAUUGAAAACUAGGAUAUACUUUUUUAGAUUCCCAUUGAAAAUCACUAAGAUCCAUAACAUCUCACUUUGAACUUUCUAAUAUAAUUCUUAAUUUCUUACUUUAUCUUUCUGUUAGAUUUCUUUAAAUUAUAGAGGCAUAAUGAAGUUUCCCAAAAUUAUUAUUUUAUUAUCUAGGCAUUUUGACAAGUCAGUUAAUUUUUCCCCCUGAGUACUUAAAUGCCAUACCAGUCAGAUGAAUAUAUACUUAAAACCGAUAUUGUUCAUUAUGUAUGAUGCCUUUAAAUGUAAUUUGGUUUUCUUGUUUAUCUUUCAUUCCAGUAAUAUUUUCAUUGUUGCCAUGUUUGAAAUAAUGAUUGUAAUUCCUUUUUUUUCCUGAACCAUAAUAAAUUGUACUCCAAUGCCUCAUUUUAACUUUCUAUGAAUUUUUGGUUUUUGGUGGGCUUUCAAUAUGAAUCAAAUCAUGGGUUUACUUUGUUUUUUAAUUGAAAACCCUAUGGUAGCUAUUUUGAUGAUUUGGGAUAACAACUGGGACUUGGAAGAAAAAUCAAUUUCACAGCAGUGAAUAUAGUGUCUGAAGUUCCAAAGGGAAAAGAGAAAACAGCGUCCUGAGAAAAAUCUUUCCCUCCAUCAUUGCUACUCAUCAUCUUUAGAUGGAUACACGUGCUUAUUGUACAAGAACUUCAGCAUCUCUGAGAAGAUAAUUGGCCCACAAAACUAAAUCUUUACAGAUAUGUCCACAUUAUAUUCCUCAAGUUGAGAGCAUUAACCUCCAUGUCUAGACUACGACUCAAGUCUUGUACUCAUUGUAACUGAUAUUAGCAAGCCACUGUCAAAAUAAAUUAAGAUCAUCUGCCUCCAUGAUAAUAUGGUGGGGCUGUGGGAGGGCAUUGUUCUGAAAACUGGUUGAUGUUGACAUUAGGGGCUAACAAUAGAUUUGCCGAUUUCCCUAUGCCACAAUGGACACUAUCCUGAAAGCAUGGAUGAAUCUGCUACAAAUAUUAGUAGUUUAGACUCUAGCCAUAGCAAAGAUCAUGCCAAUAGAAUGUAAGAUCUUUUAGUCCAGGGCCUGUUUUCACUUUUGUUUGCUCACAAUGUUGUUCACAGUGCCUGUUGACUUCAUAAGUAUUUAGGUAAAACAUAUUUAACACAAAUAAAUAUCCCUCCCCCCUUUAAAGUUUUACGCUGAUGCCUCUGUGGGCUUACUUUUUAACUCAUUUUUCAAUUCUCUUCUUUUUUUGGGGGGUAAACACCCUAUUAACAUUUGUUAUUAUGCCUGGUAAGUUGUUCUUCCUUCUGUCAAAUCUUAUCAUAAAUUUUUCUUUUUUUGUUAUUAGAAAAGAGAAAGAAAUAAUAAUGGGGCACCUCUGAUUUUAAACCUUUUCUUACUAUCAAUUCAUUCCUCAGCCCUUUAUAAUAUGGUUUUCUUCCUCAUCACAUUAUUGAAAUUGUUAUCUCCAGGAUUGUUAAUGGAUUCCUGAUCACCAAAUUCAAAGAUCUUUUCUUAAUCUUCAUCCUCUUUGAAUCUUUCUGUAGUAUUUUAUACUAUUGUCACCUUUUUUGACACUUGGUUGACUUUUAUGAUACUUCACUCAUGGUUCACCCAUUAUUUCAUUUUGAUCUCUUUUUCUAUUUCAUCAUCCUCUGCCCCUCCAUUUAAUGACUCAGAUUUUUUUUCUUGACCUUAUUCUCUCUCUAUAAUACCUUCAAUGGUGUUGUCAUUUUAAUGAUUUUCACUAAUUAGUUUUAUUCAAAUGACCUCCAAAUCUAUAUCCCUAACCUCUGUCCAGAGGUCUAAUAUCAACUUUU